AUGUCCUCCCACGUUCCCUCCCCGGUCUCGUCUCCCGCCUCGGGUGCUGCCCACGACAGCCAGCCGGCAAGUCAAGACACCAGCUUUCGAAGCUCCCAGAACAGCGACCCGGACACGUCGUGCCUUUCCCUCGAAUCCUCCUUCCAAUUGGAGUCGGGCUACCCUGCACAGGCCGACACCGAGAAGCACCCCAAGGGAAAGCGGAAGAGGACCACUACCCAAGACAAAGCCAUCCUCGAAGCUGCGUAUAAUGCGAACCCCAAGCCCGACAAGGCAGUGCGUCUGGACCUGGUGAAGCGCGUCUCGCUCAAUGAGAAGGAAGUACAGAUUUGGUUCCAGAACCGUCGCCAGAAUGACCGUCGAAAGUCACGGCCACUUUCGCCGCAGGAGAUCGCGGCAUUCAGAUAUGGCGGCGGCCUACAUGUGCUGUCCUCCGAUCCGGCCUCUUUCGGUGCUGGAAACGGUGGAGACGCGGUCGAACCGACGCGUCCUGCGGAGGGGAACCAGAGAUCUCCCAGCCCGGCCAAUGCCGCCUCCUCGCAAGAGUGGUCGCAGUCUCCACCGAGAGCUGCCUCGUCCGCGCCGGAGUUGCUCAAGCAGGAACGUAGAGCAUCGGCCCCGACGGCUACUAUCAUGACUCCCACGCCGCCGCCUUCUUCCAUGAAUGGCACGGUGGCCGGCGAGCUUCAAUCACUAUCUCAGUCACUCCCAAGCUCUGUUGGCUACCUAUCUAACCGCUGGAAUACAUCCACGUCGUUUUCCGCCCCCUCAUCCAUCGAGCGGCCGGUAGAUACUUCCAUGAGAGUGGAUUCUUUCCCCGGAGCAGCACAGUCUGCUACAAACACUCCGCCAUCACCUAUCUUGCCACUUCCCACCACAAACUCCUCAUCCAAGUUCCGCCUGUCCCUCUCUCUUGAAGGCAAGGCCGAGCUUGUUUCCUCUCUGCAGUCUCCACCCAGGCCUGCACCUCAACCGCAGUUGCCCCUCGAGGCAGCGACUCUACCACCUGUCCGAGCUCCCCGGACCUUGCAGCGGAGCCGAAGUGCUCUUCCAGGCAUAACUCUUCCUCCUAUCUCAUCCCUGACCGCAAAUCUGCCCCCACAGCUGACGCGAGGCCGCUCGCGAGAUGUGUCGGCAUGGGAAUCCUGCUGCGAGGCCGAGACACGCGAUGAGCUGACCAAGCUGGCCGAGAGCGAGUCUUCGGGCUCAGCAAUCGCAGCCAUUUCACUGCUGCGGUCUAGCAGCAGCACCGGCAGUCUCAGCAGCUUGGUGCACGCUCAUGCAUCUGGCAACAGUAGCAAUGUCCUUCGGCCAAACAGUAGCAAGCGUAACGCACCGGCUAGCCGCCGUGACCCAUCCAAGAAAUCGAAGCUCGCUCGAACUACGAGCAGUGUCGCCCGACUACAGAGCCUGCCCUCCUCUCAGCGUGAAAGAGAUAUUGACGAGGAUGAGUUCGAGCCGGAGAAGAAGAAGCUCAAGCAUGGUCUCUCGGUUGUCUUAUCUCCAUCGGGUGACUCGGACAAAGAAAACUGGAGCCCGGAUGAAGAUGGAGGCUCGACCGCGCGGCGCCGUCCAUUACCGAGUAUUGCUGCGCCUGCCCCCUCGUCGUUGCCAAAGGCACACGGAGCCGGGACAAACCCCCGCCGUAUUGGCUCGCGAGUCUUGGGCGAGUCGAACGGACUGAACGGCGGGAAGCGGCAGGGCCUAGGCAGUCGGGCCAACACUGCGCCUGUACCACGGCUCAAGGGCGGCAAGUACGCUGCCGAUACUUCGGUGUCAAUCUUCGAAGAUGGCGAUGAACAAGACGACGCUGGCGUCUCUGCCAAGAGACGCAAGAGGAGCGACGACGAGGUCGAGCGGUUCAUGCGCGGCGAGGUUAGCCCGAGCAAAAAGGGCGAUGUGGACUGCGUCGCUGGUUUGCUUGCUCUAAGCCAGGGCAAUUGGCGAUGA